AUGAGUGGCCAGCCAGACAUUCCCAAGGAGCAAUGGGCGCAGGUCAUUGAGAAGGAUGGUGUAUUGACCUUCAAAAAAAUUCCCGUGCCCACUCCAGGCCAUGAUGAAGUCCUCGUCAACAUCAAAUACUCGGGAGUCUGUCACACCGACCUUCACGCGCUCAACAACGACUGGCCCUUGCCUCGCAAGACCCCGCUGGUCGGUGGCCAUGAAGGUGCCGGCGUGGUAGUCAAGAAAGGCGAGCUGGUGUCCAAUGUCGACAUCGGCGACAAGGUCGGCGUCAAGUGGCUGAUGUCCACCUGCUUCCACUGCACCUUUUGCCAGCAAGCCCAAGAAUCGCUCUGCCCCGAGGCGAAGCUGGCCGGGUACACCAACGACGGGACCUUUCAGCAGUACUGCGUUGCGAACGCGGCGCAUUUGGCCCGUUUCCCGCAGAACAUCGAUCUGGCGGCCGUGGCGCCCAUUAUGUGUGCGGGCCUGACGGUGUACAAGGGCCUCAAGGAGAGUGAGACGCGACCCGGCCAGUACGUGGCGAUUGUCGGAGCCGGAGGCGGGCUAGGGACCAUCGGGUUGCAGUACGCGCACGCCAUGGGGCUGAACGUGAUUGCCAUUGAUGGCGGCAAGGAGAAGGGGGAGGCGUGCAAGAAGCUUGGGGCAGGGGCUUAUAUCGAUUAUAAGGAGUCCAAGGACUUGGUGGCUGAUGUGAAGAAGGCCACGCCCGAUGGGCUGGGACCACAUGGCGUGCUCUUGCUGGCGCCCCAGGAACAGCCGUUCCAGCAGGCGACGGGCUACGUGCGGUCGCACGGCACCGUGGUUUGUAUCGGCUUGCCGGCGGGGGCCAAGGUGAGCAUGCCGGUUUUUGAUACGGUGAUCAGGAUGAUCAAGGUUAAGGGGUCAUAUGUGGGCAACAGGGAGGACACGGCCGAGGCGGUGGAUUUCUUCCUGAGGGGUAUGAUCCAUGCGCCGUAUAAGGUUGUGGGAUUGAGUGAGAUUCAGAGCAUCUUUGAUGCGAUGAGGGAGAACAGGGUUAUUGGAAGAUAUGUGAUGGAUAUGAGCAAGUGA